GCCUUGGUCCACUCGAAUUUGGACCAUUGUAUUGUUGUCCGUUUGAAAAGCAAUUCUUCGGGGAAAGUAAAUUUUAAGAAAGGUGAAAGACCGCUUAAAGCGUAAAGUACUGAAUGACGUGUGUGGAAUAUAUUGCUGUUUGUUUAAGUAAGUUUUUUUCCAUAACCUAAAUACCAGCUCUCUGUGACUCCAGACAGGGUAUGGUUUUCUACGGUUUUAGUUUGAAAUAGGUUUAUACGUCCAAGGAAAACACUCCAAUGUUGCCUGUUUGCUAACUUCCUAUGAUGAAAUCUUUGUUAAUAAAAAAUAUUGUUAUAUAUCAAACACCUUAAAAACCCGAUCACAAAAUCUGACAUGAAAAAGGUCAUUAAGAGUGAAAAUGUUGUCCAACUGACUAUAAACUUCCCGUUGCAUUUCAGAGCACUCUCUUACCACCUGUCGUGAGGGAUGUCAUGAUGCUGUUGUCUGAAUACCGUGAGGUGACCACUUGUUAUGGCUUCAGGUCCGCACAUCGACAGCUCUCUGCAAAAGCUCACCAAUGUUUUCAAGAAUUUCUAAAGGAUGACGCCCAUCUUUCUGCCAGGGCCCAACCAUUUGCCACCCAACUUCUGGACAACACUCAAGGUGCCGCUAGGUUUCCAGGCGUCCGUGUAACUCCUGGUCGCUCAGCCCUGGAACAGAACCUGGCAGAAAUUGUCAUUCAUACUACAGCAGUAUUACAGUGUAUUAACCAGAUGACUGUGUGUGAACCACUGCGACUGCUCAUGGACAAUCCUGCAGCCUUGAUGAAUGCCUUUUUUCCAACAAUGCCUGACGACAACCUUCAAGAAGCAAUGGCAGGAAUGCGAGAGUCUGGUAGAUGGUAUCAGUGCCCAAAAGGACACCCCUAUUACAUUGGAAAUUGUGGCCGGCCCGUGGAAGUGAAGGUUUGCCCAGAGUGUAAAGUCCAUAUCGGCGGUAGAGGAUCUCUCUCUCAAGGAAAUACUGAAGCCCAGAGAGCUGAUCGUACCAUGACAGGUCACGUGCUUGGUCAUCCUAGCGCCAGGCCAAAAAGUCUUGCUCCAGAACGGAACUUGUCACCUGUAGUUGUUGGCAUUAUGAGGAUUCUUAUGCACUGUGCCAUGAUCGAGGGGGCGUGUCGGCAACCCCAGGGCAUCUGUGCUCUCAUCAAUCCUGGAGUUCCUCCUGCGGCCACAACAAGCCUUAAACGUCGCCUGCGAUCUGAAGUCUAA